CUCGUCCACUGUUACUAGAAUUGAGACUACACUCUUCUGCUUGGUCCACGGUGAACCCUCAAGUUCUUUUUUCUCAAUUACGGUAGAAAAUCAUGAGAAUGUUGCUGGACUUAGGAAGUUAAUUAAGGAAGAGAGCGAGCCCUAUCUUGAUAAUUUUGCACUCGUAAACAUUGCGAAUAUAUUACAGGGACGGGAGUUUCUUCCUCCUAACAAAGUUGAAAACAUUUUUACCACACAACUCAACGAAAAUAAUAUUCAUAUAAUUGUUGAGUUGCCUACCUCUCAUGCUCCUGAUUCUGGAAGUGAUAACGAAAUUCUUCAAUUCGAACAACAAAUAUCAAGCGUAAGCGCUAGCGACUGGGACAAGAUUCAAGCGUUUCACGGUCUUGAUAAUAUCGAAACAAUAAACCUUGCCAUCAAACAUCUUGGUUUAAAUGUCAAUGAUAUAGUGAAUGUUAAUGCUUUCGAUUUUCUUACGACAGAUGCUGGUAUAUACUUACCACUGAGACUAGCUAGUACAACAAAUGCAGUUGUAGUGGAUAGGUUUUUCGUCGCGGCCAUAUUUCCAAAGUGUCAUAUACGAAUUGUUUUUGAAUUAAAAAAGAGGGUCGAAAACAAAGAUAGAUAUCAAGCUUUAGCAGAAUUAACCAGGUCAGAUUUAAGAUCUAAUCAUGCUGUUUUGACAGUAUUAACUGACCUGAACGAUACAUGGGUAUUCUUCUGGUUUGAACAAAAAAAUGUUAAGACGCUCACCUUACCAAGAAAUACUGCUGUAGCAUUGAUAAACAACAAUAUGAAAUUGAUGAAUCAAGAAAAUAUUGCUAAAGAAAACAACCAAAGUGAAGAAGGAGCAAGUACUUAA